UGGCAUGGUUUCCUGGAGGAAUAAUCUGUUGCAGUGGACAAAAUGCUUGAGAUGGUGGGGUUUAACUUAUGUGAUGCACUAUGUCUGGUGUUCUCGACGGAGGACGAGAGGAGUUUCUGCACAAGCUUAUUUCCAUUUCUAAUUCCAAUUCCGAUUCCUAUCCCAUCUAAACUUCCUUUGAAGUCCAUUAAACUCUUUGCUACCGGGCUUCCCAAAAAGUUGAAGCGGGGGAUCCCGCAUCCGACAGGCUAGCCGGGCCGUGAGCGCGGUGGGAAUGGGCUUCCCAAAAAGCCAGCCCCGAUUUCAUUCCCAUUUUGAUUCCAAGAGUUUCACAUGCUAUUUCCGAUUUUAAUUCCAAUUUCUCUGAAGUUCCAAUCGAAAGUUCUCCUCGAUUUCAUUCUCAUUUCCAAUUAUCCUCAUUUCUGAUUGCAUGUUCAAUUAAAUGCAGUUUUUUUGAUUGGGGGCAUUCAGUCCAGGCUUAGUGUUGCUCAAGACCAAGGCUCUGGUAAUUUUUACUCGAUUCCGGUGACGGCGUAGACAUUGUCCAGCAACCUCUGCAACUCCGAUCUCCCUCUCUCUUUUGGGUUACAUUCACUGGUUUUGCAGUGGAGAGUCUCCCACAUCAUCUUCUUUUGAUCAAUUUCUUGUGCAAAAUGAAUCUUCCUCCGAAAGGGCUUCUGAAUUGCAUGUUGAUAAAGAAAAUGAGCAGUGUUGAUGGUUGUCAGACUUCGUUUAUAUGAUUGUGUUGGCUAAUUUUUGUUUACUGCAUGCUAAUAUGUACAAAAAUUAUGGAUGUGGUGAAAUGUGUACAGAGAAUAGGGUGUUGGAAGAGUGAUUAGGAGGAAAUACGUGUGGUUUUUAGGUUUUGAUUUCUUGGAACUUCUUUUGCUUAAUAAGCUAUGUGUAGAGAAAUGAAGAUUGAUUUGCUGAAAUUUUAUAGUUUGAGUUCUACAUUGUAGUUAAUCUUGUUUAUUGCUUUUAAAUGUGAUUUGAGUUUCACUAAACAAAAAUGAAACAUGUUCUUUUUUGUUGUAUCCUGAAAAUUACUCUCCAGAUUAUUGAAGAAGGUUCUUCUCACUGGGAAACAGCACUCUUCAUUGGAAUUGAUUUCAUUCUUACCCAGCGGUCAACAAUGGAAAGUACACCAUUCUCCUUGCAUGACGAUGCUUUUGUUUUGAAGUUAAUUCGGUAACACCAACAGGCGGGCGGCCAAAAUAUCCCUCGGAGUUCCAUUCAUUUAGGUUCAAGGUCUUGCAUCAAAUCAGUAGGCUUCAAACUCUGAAAUGGACAUAUGUUAACCAUAGGAAAUACAUGUAAAAUCAACAUACAGCCGAGUAGCAAUAGGAAACAAAGAGGCGUAUAAUUCUAUAUUUCUUUGAUUAGUAACUUAGUAUACAUAACAGUGGAUUAUGAGAUUAUUCAAGGUUACUUUUGGAAUAGCAUCUUGUUCCGGCACGAUUUUCAUCUUAAAGUAAUGAUGCUAUCAGUGGCAGCAGCUAUUUUGGUUUG